AUGUACACACCUAUUGUCCAUCAUGACUCCCAGACAUUUUAUGAAUAUAAAGAGCUGGCCCUGCAGAUGAGUACGGCCAAUACGGACCCCUUCAAGGAUGACCUCAAGAUUGGCUUGAUGCCUCACGACCUCAUUACGCAGCUCUUGCGGGUUCUGGCCAUUGAAACAAAGCAGGAGAAAGCAAUCCUCUAUGCCAGGGGUAGGCAACCUGCGGCCCGCGGACCGGAUUGGCCGCUCUCCUUGAUCAUCAACAGGAAGGCCCUGACACGCUACCAGAUGUUCUUCCAGCACAUGUUCUACUGCAAACAUGUUGAGCGGCAGCUGUACAGUGUCUGGAUCUGCAGCAAAGCAGCCAAAUGCUCCUCACUGCACUUCUCCAAAUGGUUUGCCGGGGCUUUCACCCUCCACCAGCGGAUGCUUAAUUUUGUGCAGAACAUCCAGUACUACAUAAUGUUUGAAGUGAUGGAGAUGACAUGGCAUGUCCUGGAGAAGAAUCUCAAGUCGGCCCCCAAGAUUGACGACAUCUUGAUUCACCACGCCAGUUUCCUGGACAAUUGCCUGAAGGACUGCAUGCUCACCAACCCAGAGCUGCUGAAGAUCUUUUCGAAGAUGAUGUCUGUCUGCAUCAUGUUCACCAACUGCAUGCAGAGAUUCUCCCACAGCAUGAAGCUGGACAAUGAAUGGGGACGGCUGGCAGCGGAGCAUGGGACCAUGCGGGGACCCCCGACAGAGCAGGAGCACCUGGAGAAGGUCACCCAGAAGCAGCUGGCAAACAAGCUGCUGGCGGAGCACGCCGACUCCCUGCACAUGGCGGCAGGCUUUGAGGCAACCAUAAACAAGUUUGACAGCAACUUCUCUGCCCACCUCUUGCUGGACAAGCUGAGCCUCUACAGCACCUGUGACUAUGAGCACAGCAUGAUCAACAUAAUUUACAAGUUGGACUUCAAUGGCUUCUACACGGAGUGACUGAAGCACAUGUCUGUGGAGCGGCGCCAGAAGACCGACCCAUAA